AUGUUGGACAACUCAAAGGUCUCCAUCGAGCUGGGUAUCGCCAGGCUCGGGACCGUCGCCGAACCCCAGAAACCACGUACAUCAUCGAGGGAUGAGAACCGUCUUAGCUCUCGCAAUCCUGACGAGGAACGCAACAAUCGCACCAGAAAUGCACUUAGCAAUACUUCUUCUCAGAACAUCCCAGGCACGUCCACAGACUGGGCUGAACCUGAUGGUGUUGACAGGAGACGCAGUUUGGCGACGUUAUCUGAGACCUCGAGGACUUCCAAUGCCAACACUGAGGUUUCUCAGAGCUCUCACAGCAGGUAUAUAGUGGAUGAUGAACCGAGCGAAUCCCGUCGGACGUCCGGCCGCGGCGCGUGCUCCUGUUUCCGUGCGGUGAACAUGGCGUUUCUGCGCUGUCUGGAGGAGACGCCGCUGCUGGUGUCUGGAGUAGUGCUGGCCAUCCUCUUCUGCGUGACCAUCAUCAUCAUCAUCCCCUCCACCGGCCGGAGCCUCAGCGUUCACGUGGCGGCGUUUGCAGUGGUGUGUGUGGUGGUGUGUGUUUGCGUUUCGCUUCUGCUGUGUUUGCCGUGUUUGCCGGUGGUUCGGCGAGGAGAAACGCCUCUGGCGCUCUUCAUCUGGUCCGUGCUCUUCAUCAUCGCCUUCGUCUUCAUCUUCACCGGAGGUGUUGUCACGGCCUGGGAGCAGCUGGUGGCGAACGCUGUGCUGUUCAUGUGUGUUAACUGCGUGGGUGUGUUUCAUCUGUGGCACACUGAACACGCUCACAGAAAGUCCAGCAAGAAGCGGGAGGACUUCAGCAGAAACCGCGCCACACAGGCCAAGCAGAAGCGCGACCAGGAGCAUCUGCUGCUGUCGGUGCUGCCGCGAUACAUCGCCAUGGAGCUGAAGACGGAAAUCGUUAAGCGUCUGUCGGCUAAAUGCAGCGCCGAAGAGAACCGACCCAACUUCCACAGUCUCUACAUACGACAGCACAGAGACAUCAGUAUCCUGUACGCUGAUAUCGUGGGCUUCACGCACCUCUCCAGCACCUGCACACCUGAGGAGCUCGUGGCCGUCCUCAACAAACUCUUCGGCCGCUUCGACGACAUCGCUAAGAAGAACGGCUGUCUGCGUAUUAAAAUCCUGGGCGACUGUUAUUACUGCGUGUCAGGUCUCCCUGACCCCAUCUCUCAUCACGCUUGCAACUGCGUUCAGAUGGGUCUGGACAUGUGCACGGCCAUAAAUAAGCUGAGGGAGGCGACGGACGUGAACAUUAACAUGCGUGUGGGUGUUCACACGGGGAAUGUUCUGUGUGGCGUGAUCGGCCUUCAGAAGUGGCAGUAUGACGUCUGGUCAGAUGACGUGACUCUAGCCAAUCACAUGGAGUCUGGAGGAGUGGCUGGGAGGGUCCACAUCACAGAGGAGACGUUCGCUCACCUGGACGGGAAAUACCAGGUGGAGGACGUAAACGGCGGGAGGAAAGAGAACACUAAUGAGCUAAAGGUGGACAACAUACUGGCGAAUCGUCAGAAGCUCCGCGCAUCGGUUCGGAUGUCGCAGUACCUGCAGUCCUGGAAAACCGUCAAACCGUUUUCUGGACUCAACCAACCAGAGGCUUCGCUCGCAGCCCCGCCCACUGCUGACAGCAGCGCUAGCCAAUCACAGCCGGCCACGCAGGAGCUCCCAGAGGUCAACACUCCAAGACCUUCACAAGUUCUGGAAAACGGACUGAUGGACUCAUUAGACUCUCUGGACAAUGAAGGGAGACGAGCGAAGCUGAACAGUGUGACAUUAUUUUUUAACAAUUUUCAGCUGGAGAAGCAGUAUUCGUUAAGUGAAGUCCAGGGGCUUCAUCGCUCUGUCAUAUGUUUGGCCUUCAUCUUCAUCUCUGUGUUUGUGGUUCAGAUGCUGACCUCGCAAAAAAACUUUGCGCUGGCGGUGUCGUACAGUGCCACCUUCCCUGUCCAAAUAUUGAUUGUGCUUGUGGUCUUCACUAAAUUCCUGAAGCGCUGGCACUCUAAGUUCCCCCGCCACAUCCGCUGGGUCUCGAUGCUGUUUGACGGUGUGGCCACUAGGGCGGCGCUGCGGCUGCUGCUGGUGUUUCUCUGUCUGCUCAUCAUGCUGCUCAUGGCAGUGCUGAACAUAGUUUUUAUCCCAGGUGAUAACUGUUUAAGUGUUUCCCACAAUGCAACAGUACUGAACACUCUCAAUCUCUACACUGUCCCGUAUUAUCUGUACUGCUGUCUGCUGGCGAUGCUGGGCGUGAUUGUGUUUGUGCGUGUGAGCGUGUCUGUUAAAGUCUUCCUCCUGACCCUCGCUGUGGUGGUUUAUCUCGCGCUUUUCCUGCACGUUUACGCGCCGCGCUCCAACUGCUACAUGAAACAGCUCUACAGUGACAACAGCACGCCGGGAGUUCUUAAGGAGCCCAAGAUCAUGUCCGGCAUUUGGCUGGUCAUUUUUUACUUGAUUUCCCUUAUUGUCGUGCGACAGGACGAGUUGGGCUCUCGGACGGAGUUCCUGCUGGAGAAGUGCUUUAAUAAAGAGACGGAGGAAAUGGAGACGACCAAGAACGUCAACAGACUGCUGCUGCAGAACCUUCUGCCGGAGCACGUCACAGACUUCUUCAUCGGCAAAGACAUCCAGAACCAGGUCAAACACUUUGACUCCGCUGCGCCACCUAGAGGCAUAUUCACAUCCUUCAUUAACGUCUCUGAAUGGACGGAUGUUAACCCUAUAGCACUACUGUAG